UAGCGCUCUACAAAGGGGUUAAACGCAUGCGACUUUAGAGGACAUGCCACUUCCGUCGGACUUCUUCGCAGUUCGUCGGGUUACCGAACUCGUGGUGAAGCAACGAAAGAUGCUUUUCAGCGCCACCGCGUGUUCGGUCACCUGUACACAGGGGCACAGCGCGUAGCCCUCUACUCGCACAUGUCAGCGAAAAAUCGGCGCCAGGAGCAGGCGUCUUUUUCAACGAGAAAGCUGGAGAUUCCAAACGACAUCCAGGAGAUUAUCCUUUUUUCCGAAACAGGAAGGCAUUCUUCCAGCAAAAGUGAACUCUCUCUGUACCAGCAGUAACUCUGCGGCAGGUUGCAGGGUGUUGCAGGUGACCGCGCCGUUCUCUCGCGAGGCACUUUAAAAUGUCCGGUUUUCCGCAUUUUCCGGCUAAUGUUUCUGCGUCCCCUGUCUCUUCAACGUUAAAGCGUCAGCGUCGUCGCCAGAUCUUCCGCGUUUCUGCUCUCUUGUCCGCCCUCCCCCCGCGCUGCACACGCCUGCCUUGCGUUGUGAAAGCUGAAUACUGUUUCCCCCAACCGCUCGAGCAAACCUGACCAUUUUUUGACUGUCGUCUCUGGUCAUCAACGCCUGCGAACUCUCCUGCUUGAGCUGGUUAACUUGCGGUCCGCUAGCUUGCCAGCGUUUCUUUCCGGCAGAGCGACGGGAAAGGGAAUCCCAGCUGCUUUCCAGAAUGGCGCGUUUUUGCAAAAAGCAACGCACAAGUCGCCUCUAGGCAACGAUGUGUGCCAGGAGAAAGAUCGUCCAAUUAAAUGCGCCGUCUGUUUUUGAUUCGGACUGGAGAUCUGUCCAGGCGGCUGUUUCCUCGACCUCAUUCCACCUGCCGGACUCAAGAAACCGCCGGCCGGCUUUUCGGCUGGUUGCCCUGUGCUCCGCAAAUAAUCCUGUACCGAGAAAUCGCGCUUCUGCUCGUUUGCGCGGGGACACUUCUUCCGUGACCCGUCUGACAGUCCACACUCUCAGUUUACUCUGAGUCCUCCGAAUCUUUUCACGGAAAAGAGGGCGGGCAAAAGGUGUGGUUCCCGACUCUUCCGCCGCCUUUUCUGUGGCUGCUGGCUUUGCCCUUUCGACUUCCUCCGCAGUCGUUUCCGACGGGAGGCUUUUCCUGCUUUCUUCGCACAUCGUGCGCUUUAAAGCCUUGGAGGGUCCCUGCUCCUCCGAAGAAUCUGUCUGUCGCUGCUGCUGCUGGGUCGCGCGGCUUUCCUCGCAACAGGCCUUUCUUGUCUAAAAAAUGGCACCUGCUGCUCCGAACAAGGAACCGACUCGACGAGGGAGCAUGCACAACCAGAUCGUGUGCACAGCUCCCAGUUCGUCUGCAACCAAUUCUCAGGUCGUGCUACCUCUCGGGCACCAUCUGGUCAUGGGCGCGAAAACUGCCGCAAAUGCGCUGAGUCAGGAACUCCGCAGUCCGGCAGACACUCUCAACCCGGGACGCUUUGGCUGGUGGAAAUGCCUCGCACAGCCCGACGAAGCAGGUGACGGGCUCGUCACGGAAGGGUACGGACGUCUGCAGAUCUUGCUGGCUUACCUCCUUCCAGAAGUGACAGAUGUGGCGGAAGCCGUCGAACUUCAUCAACUGACGACACCUCGAGGUGAAGCUCAGGCAGGAGAGGCAGCGAACUUGUCGCACGCUGAACGCCGAGACUUCACUGUGAGCAGUUUGGCACCGUCAAGAGGAUACGUGCGCGUGAGCCUGAACGGCGUCCCCGUCUACCGCAGCGCAGUUCUUGAUAUUUCCCCCGAGGCGAUCAACGACACUGCCGCGGUUGUCAAGGGCGAGAAGGACGAAGCAAAACUACCGAAUACCAUUUUCAAUGAGCGCAUUGAAAUUCAGAUUCACCAGCCGUACAGCGUAUUGCGCGUGGAACUCUUCAAUCGAGACGUGACUCUGGGAGUCAUUGCAGACGACGACCUUCUGGGGGUUUUUGAGGUGCCGAUUCACUUGAUGAUUCCCUCCAAGGUCUACGACCUCGAAGUGGAGUUCCCGCCUCAGUUUCUUCGCGAAGAGAACGAGGAGUGGAUUUCGGGACAGGGUUUGGACUCUCCCUUCAUUCUGGGAGAGAAGCGUCUGGUGUCUCCGGAGGCGACGGCGCAGCUCCUGCAGACCAAGCAGAUUUUCGACGCAGAGACCUCGUCUCGCGGCUCUGACGGCGGCGCCAAGGAGACGGCAGAGGGGCGGGGAGGCGGACCGCAGGCUCAGCCCAACUCCAAGGAGAGAACAGACGCCAUACCCCGCACAGUGGACGCUCCCGCGAAGCGCGAAGCACGGGAGGCUGCUCAAGCGAGUGCAGAGAAAGUCGACGCAGGCAACGUGGACUUGCUAACGUGCACAGUGAACGUCGCGGCCGCAGCUGCAGCUUCUGCACCGCAGGUCUCAGGCCUCAGGUCUUCUUCCUUCACGAUGGAGUCGAAGUCCACCGUCGUCGACGACUGGGAAGAAAAGCCGCGACCUGCUCUCCUGCCCCAGGGCUACUCUUGCGGUCCGCGCCUCCGCUGCCUGUUCAACAUGCAAGUCGUCGGACGCACUCCCAAGGGUCGCGUCGGCUCUGAGAAAUCUCAAGGAAGCUGGUUCUCCGAGAUGUGUGCCUUGGCUCUGCCGAUCGUCGACUCCGCAGACGAGGCUUAUCUUCCUCCCCUGAAUUUCCGGAAACUUUGGCACGACGCAAAGCGCCUAAAAUACCUCGCAUGGGACUGCGUGCUGAGCGGUCUGGUUGAGACCGUUUCUGCAAUUCCGUCUUGGGAGAAUCCCUUUGUGUCUUCGUGCUGUCUCGCGGGGGUUCUCUUGGCCACUGCGCAACCCCAGAUGAGUUUCGCUCUUUUCUUCCUUUUGAUGGGUGUCUUGUGCCUCAUGCUCUCCCUCACUCCGCUAUCUAACACCUCAGAAGCAGCGAUUGCUGCAGCUUCUGUUUUGACAGACGCGAAGAGAAAGCCUCCGGCAGCCGCACUCGAUACCGACGCACAGACGGAGAAAAUCGAGCCUGGAAAAGGCGCAGAAUCCCAGCUGACAGGGCAAAAACCGUCCUCGCUGCAGGCAUUCGAGAAUCAGCAACACUCCGACGAAGCGACAAUGGAGGAUUCUCUCCUCAAGUCACUCCUCAGUUCCGCGGUGCCUCAGUCUCUUCAUCUCCAACUUCGCAGAGCCCAUAAACGCCUUCUGAGGGUGACAGCAGCCAUUCUGUAUGCACACGAGAAAUUGCGACAGCGGAGAGAAAUGAUUGUUGGCGUGCUCUGGCUGCUCUCGCUCCUCUCCUUCUACCGACCCGACAUCACAGCCCUGGCGCUGCGUUUUGGCUGCGGCGGCGCAGCGGUUCUUCUUCUCAUUCACCGGAUGCCCGUUUUGAGUCCUUGUCUCCGCUUCGGCAUUGUCUGCCUCGCCUACUUGCGUCUGCGCCACCAGCGGCGCACGCGGCAGAACCUCGUAGCUUCACCCUUCAUCCCUCGAGCAGCUUGAGGCUCCUACGGGGUUUCCUCGGUCUUUGUCGAUUCGUUUAAAGAGCCGUGACAGUGGCGACGAGAGCACUCUGCUGAGAGGUGAACAAAGGUGGAAGAUGCAGGAACUAACCCAGUUGCGGGGAAAGGAUAGAAACAGAGAACUCGUGGGAGAGCAUGACAGGGAACGCCAUGUGGAGGACAACGAGAACUGAGGACGUUGCCGACAGAGAGGAGCGGGAAGAGAGGGGGGCGACUGUUGGUCAGGAAAGAGGGAAUGCGGAGGAACGAAGGACGAGGCGGCGGAAAGGCGAGAAGGCACAGGAGGCCUGUGAAGACAAAAGGUGAACUGUAGAACCGAUUUCCAAGCGAAAAGGACGGUGUGUUAACGAGACGGAGAACGGAGCAAGAAGUGAUCGGAGAGAUCGUUCGACGAGGGAUACGCGUCUUUCUCGGUGUUAUGUAGCGACCGGACAGAGGCUCCAAUACAUGCGGAAAUCGAAGUUCCUGUCUGGAUUUGCGGUUACUCAAAAUUCGCAGAAAUUCAGUGGCAGUAAACAAGGGCGCGGGGAAAUUGCGAGGAAUCAAAUCUUCUUUACGGAAAAGAUGUUGUGCCAUUAAGUUGCAAGUGCGUAUCUGAAGGCUAAGCUUACACGUAUAGGUGUACGUGUGUCUGUACAGACAGAUAUAUAAAUGUAUGUAGGUAUAUAUAUAUAUUCAGGGUGUGUAAUUCUAUUGAGACGUAGAUAUGCUUUUAUAAAUAAGGAUGUGUGUGAGACAGAGCUGUAUGGUGAGUGCGAGCGGUGUAGGUGCAUAUCGGUUUGUGUGGAGUUUUUUGCGGAGGGAAACGAAUUGAAGGAUGGGAAUUACGGAACUCAGGGGUAAUCUCUUGGUCACAAGAACCGCAAGUGCGUCUUGUGACAGGAAGAGUCGGGAGAAGAAUAUCGAUCGCCAGGAACGCUGCUUUGCAUGUUUGUCGGGUGAAAAACGCGUCGAGAUGGCCAAUCCUCCGGAGGCAAACCCCCUGUUGCAGAGAAAAGGAACGCAGCGAAACGCGAGUGUAUGCGUUUCGGGAGGCUUUUCAGGAAAAAAGGUCAUUCGUAUUCUCCGGUGGAGAAUGCGGUACCUUGUCUGAGAUUCGUCGUCCGUUUAGAGGAGCAAAAGCGUGUUAAUGUCUUUCGGGCGGGUGAGAGUAGUGUGGAAGAAAGGGAUUUUUCUGCAACACAAGCGCCCGUCGGUGAAGCGGACGGUCAGGACCUUUCUGUGGUGCACGAUUCAAAUCGGGUUGGGAUCGAGUAAACAGGUAAUCGUUUUCUCGCUUCAGCGUUUCGUGAAUUCAGGUACGCCCGCACCUUGUGGGAUCGUUGACUUUGAGUUGUUCUGACAAAGACGGGGAAGGCGGACUCUUCGUUUCCCCGUUUUUAUUGUCGCCGCGGUCUUCUUGACAUCUUGGCGGCCGUGUGUUGUGUGUGGCGCAGCCUCGUGCAAAACGUGUGCGUUGUGUCAUGGUGAUUUUCGCGUUUGGUGGAACUGGCUGGCUCCCAGUGAGUCGUGCAAACCCGGAGAGCUCACGGACCACCAUCGAUAAAAAAAAUGCGUUUUGGUG